GCGCGGGACGCCCCUUCCCGGCACUGCGGUAAUAUGGCUCCGUAGCGAGCAGCCCGGGCCGGUGCUGCUGCCGCCAUUAACCCCUGGGUGUCCGGCGGUGGCGGCGGCGGGGAGCGGAGCGGCCCGCGGGGCUCAUGUCCAGGCCCUGCAGCCGUUGCCCGGCCGUUGCCCUGCCGUGAGGAUGAGCUCGGCUGCCGGCCCCGCCGCUUUACCCCCGGGCUCCGCCACCCGGGCCUUGCAUGUGGAGCUGCCCUCGCAGCAGCGCCGGCUUCGUCAUCUUCGGAACAUCGCUGCACGUAACAUUAUCAAUAAGAAUGGUUAUCGCCUCUUGGAUACGUACUUCACUCUUCACUUGUGUGAUAACGCCAAGAUAUACAAAGAAUUUUAUAAGAGUGAGGUGAUCAAGAAUUCUCUGAAUCCAACAUGGAGGAGCCUGGACUUUGGAAUAAUGCCUGACCGUCUUGAUACCUCUGUCUCUUGUUUUGUGGUGAGGAUCUGGGGCGGCAAGAAGGAGCACUUCCAGCUUUUGAUUGAAUGGAAGGUCAAUCUGGAUGGCUUAAAGUACUUGGGCCAGCAGAUACACGCAAGAAACCCGAAUGAGAUUAUUUUUGGUCUUAAUGAUGGUUAUUACGGAGCUUCGUUUGAACAGAAGGAUCACUCAGGUACCCUGAAGAAUAGUCUUCUCCAGGUGGAUCAGAACUGUGUUCGUAACUCUUAUGAUGUCUUCUCUUUGCUUAGGCUUCACAGAGCCCAGUGUGCAAUUAAACAGACUCAGGUAACUGUUCAGAAAAUAGGAAGGGAGAUUGAAGAAAAGCUGAGAUGUACAUCUACAAGCAAUGAACUGAAAAAGGAGAGUGAAUGUUUACAGUUGAAGAUCCUGGUGCUACGUAAUGAACUGGAGAGGCAGAAGAAGGCCCUUGGUCAAGAAGUAGCCUUGUUGCAUAAGGAGAAAAAUAGUUUGCAUGGCAGAGAAAAUGCAUUUGAGACUGAAUACCAGAAACUUCAAGAGCAUAACGAAUCCCUGCAUGAAUUAAGAAAGGAAUGCACUGCUAAGAGAGAACUGUUUUUGAAGACAAAUGCCCAGCAGACUAUUCGAUGCAAGCAAUUGCUGUCGGAGCUAUCCUAUAUCUACCCUAUUGAUCUGAACGAUCAAAAGGAUUACUUUGUUUGUGGAGUCAAGCUUCCUAAUUCUGAAGACUUUCAAGCAAAAGAUGACGGAAGCAUUGCUGUUGCCCUGGGCUACACCGCUCACUUGGUGUCAAUGAUAUCCUACUUCUUACAAGUGCCACUCAGGUAUCCCAUAAUUCACAAGGGCUCCCGGUCUACAAUCAAGGAUAACAUCAAUGACAAACUGACGGAGAAAGAGCGAGAAUUCCCUUUAUAUCCAAAAGGAGGGGAGAAGCUUCAAUUUGAAUACGGAGUGUAUCUUCUCAACAAAAAUAUAGCGCAGCUUAGAUAUCAACAUGGGCUGAGUACUCCAGACCUAAGGCAAACUCUUCCUAACCUGAAAAACUUCUUGGAGCUUGGGCUAAUGAUUAGAUGUGAUCGACACCACACAUCCAGUGCAAUUCCCGUUCCAAAGAGACAGAGCUCUAGCGUCGGCAGAUUGGAUAUUGGCUUUUCCAGUGGGCUUCCUUCUCCGGAUAAAGGACUCCGAAAACGAGCCAGCACGGGAAACGAAAGACUACAGUACAAAACUCCACCUCCUAGUUACAACUCUGCUUUAACACAGCCCGUUGCCAUCACGGCCCAUGUAGGAGAGUUAGGUAAAAAACCUGGAUCCAUAUCUUCCUCCUUGGAUACCUCGAUGGACUCCUCGAAAGGAAACACCAAGAAAGGCGAGGACUUGUGCAGCAGUUUAAAUGGAGAAAACGGGAGCCUAAACAAUACCCAAGAGCGGCAGGAGUCUUUCCUAGGACAUACUAGUGCAAUAAAUGGGGCGUUUCUGCCUGGUGAGUGCUCCGGCACUGCAAGCAACGAGCAGCCCUGUGAGUAUCGACCCUCGCUCGGCCCCGUCCUUUGCUGCGCUGUGGAGCAAGCGGAGGAGAUCAUGGGGAUGGAAGCAACGGGGUUCAGCACGGGAGAUCAGCUAGAAGACUUUAACUCCAUCCCGGUGGAGCAUGCCGUGGCGGUGGAGUGUGACGAACAAGUCCUAGGGGAGUUUGAGGAGUUCUCUCGAAGGAUCUAUGCACUGAAUGAAAACAUGUCCAGCUUCCGCAGACCGCGUAAAAGUUCGGACAAGUGAGCUUGGACGGGGAUUUGAUAGCAGUCAUUGAGGUGAAAUCAGUGAUCUGGAAUAGAGAUAAAAUUGCACUUAUUCUUUAUAUUAAUUAUAAAAAAAAAAAUAAAAAGCUAAAGCUAUUCCUAUGGUGUUAGACAAAUGGACUUGAGCACGGUAACACAGGAUCAUGGUAUGUUCAUGGCCCAGGUAAAUUUUGAUUCUGCUUCCAGUCCUCUUAUGUCUGGUAUUUAUAAUCUGUUGGAAAA